AAUUUCUCAAAAUAUCCAAUUCCAUAAAUAAGUGCAUUGAAAGAAUUUAUUUUUCUCUUUAUCAAAACAUCAUUUGAAAUCAUCUGUAUUUGGUCAGUGUAACUUAGCUUUCAUAUAUUCUUUAUCUCAGCUUUUUAUUUGAACCAGUGACAGCCAUGUCACUGAUCAAAGUGUUUGGUUUUCCAUGGUUCUCACUGAAAGUUUGAGACUCAUUUCAAAUUCUGUCCUUUUAUAGGAACCAGGGGGUCCUCACCUUCUUGGCUCCUCAUGUAAAAAACAUAAAAAACUAAAAAAAAAAAGGCUGCAUAAAACCACCACCACCAAGAACAACAAAAACCUGUUUUUUCUUACAAGAGCCUGUCCUCUUGUCUUUCUUUCUUGGAACUGCAACAACUGCUGAUGCAAUGGGGUUAAGGAAAGACAAGUUUGUUUUGAAUUGUGUGGCUUUGGUCUGCUUGUGGAGUUCUGCAUUUGGAUUGCUUUCACCAAAAGGUGUUAACUUUGAAGUGCAAGCUUUAAUGGGCAUAAAAGCUUUCCUGGUUGAUCCACAUGGAGCUCUUGGCAAUUGGGAUGACACUGCCGUUGAUCCUUGCAUUUGGAACAUGAUCACUUGUUCUAGUGAUGGUCUAGUCACUGCCCUAGAAGCCCCAAGCCAGAAUCUGUCUGGUAAUCUUGCCCCUACCAUUGGGAACUUGACAAAUCUCCAGCUUGUGAACCUUCAGAAUAACAAUAUAUCAGGGAAUAUACCAUCGGAAUUAGGGAAGCUUUCAAAGCUUAAAACACUUGAUCUUUCUAACAACCGUUUCAAUGGUCAAAUUCCCGGCACUCUAUCUCACCUAAAAAGCCUGCAAUACCUGAGGCUGAAUAACAACAGUCUGUCAGGAGCAAUCCCUUCCCCUUUGGCAAACAUGACACAGCUCACUUUCCUGGACUUGUCUUUCAAUAAUUUGAAUGGUCCAGUUCCGGAAUUGCCUACAACAACAUUCAACAUUGUGGGAAACCCAUUGAGUUGUGGUGUGGGGACUGGACAAGACUGUUCCAGAACAAGACCAAUGCAAUUGUCUCUUUCCUCAAAUAAUUCACAAAACUCAAAACCUUCGGGAAGAUCCAAGAGCCAUAAAAUUGCUUUAGCCUUUGGCUCAACUCUUGCCUCCAUUUUCCUACUUAUUCUUGGCUUUGGUUUCCUUCUGUGGUGGAGACAAAGGCACAACCAGCAAAUCUUCUUCGACGUUAGUGAACAACGUAGGGAAGAAAUUUGUCUUGGAAACUUGAAGAGGUUCCAUUUCAAGGAACUUCUGGUGGCGACUAACAAUUUCAGCAGCAGGAACUUAGUAGGGAAAGGAGGAUUUGGAUAUGUAUAUAAAGGGUAUUUGCAGGAUGGAACAGUCGUGGCUGUGAAGAGGCUUAAAGAUGGAAGUGCAGCUGGAGGUGAAAUCCAGUUUCAAACUGAAGUUGAACUCAUAAGCUUAGCAGUUCACCGCAACCUCCUUCGUCUCUAUGGGUUUUGCAUCACUGCAACGGAGAGGCUUCUGGUUUAUCCUUACAUGUCUAAUGGAAGCGUUGCCACUCGGCUCAAAGCCAAACCAGCACUGGAUUGGGGAACGAGGAAAAGAAUUGCAUUAGGAGCAGCAAGGGGGUUACUGUAUUUGCACGAGCAGUGUGACCCCAAGAUAAUUCAUCGGGAUGUUAAGGCCGCAAAUAUACUUCUGGAUGAUGAUUGUGAGGCCAUUGUUGGUGACUUUGGGUUGGCUAAGUUGUUGGAUCAUCAGGAGUCACAUGUGACAACAGCAGUGAGAGGCACCGUGGGACAUAUAGCCCCUGAAUAUCUAUCAACCGGUCAAUCCUCUGAGAAGACAGAUGUUUUUGGGUUCGGUAUCCUUUUACUUGAGCUCAUUUCUGGACUCAGGGCUCUCCAAGUCGGGAAAACAGCUAACCAGAAAGGAGCCAUUCUUGACUGGGUAAUAAAAAUUCAUCAAGAAAAGAAACUAGAGUUGCUAGUUGACAAGGAUCUGAAAAAUAACUACGAUAGGAUUGAGGUUGAAGAAAUGGUUCGAGUGGCUCUUUUGUGCGUUCAGAACCAUCCAAGUCAAAGACCCAAGAUGUCAGAAGUGGUACGGAUGCUAGAAGGUGAUGGGCUAGCCGAGAGGUGGGAAGCGUCACAUAGAGCUGAACCAAACAGGUCCAGAGCCAAUGAGUUCUCUUCUUCAGAAAGAUACUCUGACCUAACCGAUGACUCUUCCUUGUUGGUCCCUGCAAUGGAGCUCUCUGGACCAAGAUAACAUGAAAAAUCUCAAAGACAAUGUAAAACGAGUUUCAUGGUUCACCAUGAGAGGUAUGUGUCGAAAUGAAGGUAUUGUAUAGUACACUGUAAUACUGGGAAAGUGGGAAUUACUAUAAAUAUGUCGCAUUUCUGAUUGAGUACAAAUUUGGAUUCAAACAUCAAAAACUGACAUAUAUUGAGGUUGAGUGUGUUACAUGUCCUGCUACUGGUGAAUGAAGAACUUUCGUGGAGAUGUUUCUUAUUUUUGAGUUACUUGUAAUAAAAAAUCCUAUUUAAAUGUAUCUUAUUUCUGACAAGAA